AUGGUACUUGGGGGACUUACGGCUACCUUAUAUCCUCUGGCUGUUGCAUCUUCUGCAUCCAUCACUGCCCCUGGCUAUGGAACCAAUCCAUUAACACCCACAAGCACAGUUGCCCCAGUGAAAAGUACUACCACUUCAUUGUUACCAAUUCCAACACAAAGCGAUCCCCAUGAUAACCCAGCAUAUUGUUUUAGACAGCAUAGUGAUAGGGACUAUGUACCCUUCAAUAUCACAGGGGAGCAAGAAGUUCUGUAUUCCAUUUGUAAUCAAGGCAAUACUCUUUCAGCUAGUGGUCCUGCCUUUACAUAUGUGUACACGAAUCCAACAGGUGUUGAUGUCAUCGCACAAGUAAAUUAG